GUCUGCCUUCCGAGCAAGAAAACAGCGCGCGACAGGGCAGGUGUGUGUCUGCUAGCGCGUCUGUAGAGAGGGGCAGAGAGGAGGGAGAAAAGCGCGUUUUUCCUUCGGGAUGCCUUGCGUUUCGCCUGCACCAGCGAAUGGUUCGGAGACCGAGUGUGCAUUGUUCUACCCAUUUCGCCUGAAAGGAGAGAAAAAGCUGAACGAGUCUCCUGUCGGAGAAAACGUCCGCGCCCCCCAGGACGAGAGACGGACUCUCGCAGGUGCUGCCUCCGCCCUGGUCUCUGAAAACGCAGAACGUAGGCGCUACACACGCAUCUGCCGGGCCUGCCUCUGCCAUCUCUCUCUCCUUCUCUCUCCUUCUCUCUCCUUCUCUCGGCUCGCAAGCGUUCGAGGAAGAACCCUGCAAGAGGAGAGAGACAGCCUCCCCCGAGAGGCGUCUGCGUCGAUUUCUUUCCAGGGAGACAGUCGACGAAGAAGUUUCUCUGCCAGUUGUGUGCAGAAGAACUGCGCAAGGCUGGGUGAAGAUGUCUUGGGACUCUCCGUCGUGCGCUGUCCUCCCUUCUCCUUCUUCCUUUUUUCUCGGUCAUCGCGCCUGUUCUCUCUGUUCGUAGGGAGCUUGGUCUGUUUUCUCUCUUGACCUCGAAUCGCUCGACGUCUCUCUUCUUCGGCGCGGUGUGUGAAGCGUACGCAACGACCAGAGAGCCUCUGGUGUGUCUUGCUUUUAGCCUGCUUCUCUUCUCUCUUCUCGCCGCGUUCUCUCCAGCUCUUUCCUCUGCGAUUCUUCUCCGCUCGCGCGCCGCCCUCAAACCGCCGUCAAGUUCUCGCAGUCUGCGUCUCCGUCCGCCUCUCCUCUCUCUUCGCGUUCCUCUCCCCUCCAUCCUCCAUACGUCUCUGCUCUCGCUUCUCUUCUUCUCCCCUCUCUUCUUCUCCCCUCUCUUCUUCUCCUGGCGCCAUGUCGGUGGUUAAUGUGACGAACAUUCGGCUGGGGAACAAUCCCUCGCCGAUUUCUUCGCCGUUCGUCUUCGAAAUUUGUUUCGAGGCCUUGACGCCCUUGAAGGAGGACAUUGAGUGGCGAGUAGUCUACGUAGGCUCUGCCGAGUGCGAGAAGAAGGCGAGAAAGAAGGAGAAACUCGCGGCGCUCUCCUCCUCUGGGCUGCCUAGCCACCAGAGUCUCGCGGACGGAGAACGCGUGGAGGGAGACAUGGAUGUUGAAGAAGAAGAAAAUGCAAAGAAAAAGGAAGAAGGCGGCGGCGACUACCUCCUCGACUCCGUCAUGCUCGGUCCUAUUGAACGAGGUGUGCUUGCCUUUGAAUUCGCCGUCAACGCUCCAGAUUACACCAAAAUGGAUCCGAGCAGCGUUGUCGGCAUGCAAGCGGUGCUGGUCUGCGCGCUGUACAAACAGCAAGAGUUUAUGCGGAUCGGGUACUACCUGAACAACGCGUACAGCGACACAGUUCUCCGAGAAAAUCCGCCGGACGUCCCGAUCUACGACAAACUGGUUCGCUGCAUCGUCGACGAACCGCGAGUCACGCGCUUCCCCAUCGUCUGGGAUGAAGACUCGGGUGUCGGAACACCCGAGGGAGCGCAGGCCGGUGGCUCGACAGCUGCAGGACAGGCCGUCGAGUCCCCAGCGGCGACAGAGGCGGGGAAGUUCACGAGCGCCGCGGCGUUUGGAGGCGCGGACCCUCGAGCUGCGAUGGAGAUUCUUCCAACCGCCACCUCCGUGGAUGGCGCGAGCAGCGUGGAUGUCGAAAUGUUCUGAGAAAAAAGUCUAAACAGUCUUCUCACAAAGACCCAGCGCGCGGACAGUCGACUGUGUGCAGAGCCGCAGCCGCCCCCCCCCCCCAUACAUCAUUCCUUCACCUGCACAUGCACCUGACGCGACUGCAUGUAUGCUUUUAUAUAUAUAUAUAUAUAUAUAUAUAUAUAUAUAUGCAUCUGCGUGAGUGAGUAGGGGAUAUCUCUUGUUUUCUGCAAAUGAAGAAGGUGAUCGCGGCGGAUUGUCGCGGUGUCGCAAGUUUUUCUUCGACUCCAUUUAUGUAUCUUCCUUCUUUCCGCGAUGGAUGCGAAACGCUUCCAGGCGGCGCAUGCAGCGAGAGGUGUGUGUGUGUGCACUGAGACAGGUGUCUUGCAGACGACACUGUGCGAGAAUCGGGAUAUCAGCUGGAACUCGACUUCUCGCAGAUAAAGCUUUUGUCUCUUCCUUGUACUGUCUCUUUGGCUGUUUUCUCUCCCGCAACACACAGUACAACACAGCUCCAGCCUCUCGCCUCACCUGCAAGCCCUGUGCUGAUGUACAUGUGUAGAUCUAUUCCUGUUUAUUUCUUUGAAUAAAGCUGAUUGUAUGUAUAUUUGUAUGUGGGCAGAUAGCAGUGUCGGAAGAGGAGGCAGCGUCACCCGUGAAAAACAACGAAGUGUCAUGCGAGAGAAGGGAGCUGGGGCUGGGGAGGGACAUGCAUGACCAAAGCGAGAGUCUGUCUUGGCGUUUGUCAAAGGACCCAUUUAAGGAAAACGCAAGGAAAGGAUCAAAAUUUCACAGAAAGCGCGGAAUGUGCAUCAAGCACACUGGAACAUGAAUCUCCACGCACAGUUGCGUGUAUGCUCACGGAUAAGCUUAUACCUAUAUAUACAUAUAUAUAUAUAUAUAUAUGUAUUUAUGUAUACGUUCACAUGUGCACAUACGAGUGUGGACACACAUCUUCAUCAGUAUAUAAAACGCAAGCGAGCGAAAUAAAAACGCUACAGAGCAUCGCGAAAUCGGGACUGGACACAGUGAAACAGGUAUCUCUGGAUACGUUUCUUGCGCCUUCUUUUGUAUAUGCAUCUACGUAUACAUAUAUAUAUGCAUAUACGUUUGCACACACACUUUUGUAUGUAGAUUUAUUCAUACCUAUAUACGUAUAUGUGCAUUCAUAGAUAGAAGGGUGUGGAAGGUGGAGAAGUGUAUGUAUAUCGCUACGCCCCAGGUUUCACAUGCCUUUACUUAUACAUAUAUGCAUGCAUGUCCGCGUACGUCGGAGGCGCGAGGCGGCCGAACAGGCGAGGAUGGACAGGGGAGCAUGGAUGUGUGAGUUCGGGAUCUUCCUUCUUCGCUUUGCCUCCUGAGAGAGAGAGCCGGAGCAGCAUUGCUCGUGGAUCUAGAGUCCAUCGGAUGUCCUCAGUCCGUACUGUUGCUCCGCCCGUAGCUUCGGUGCCGUCUCCGAAGCUGUUCGCCUCACCGCAGAAGUCCGUUUUGUCUCUCACGAGAGGAGGAAGGCAACGCACAGAUGACGACACUGAAGAGUUGGCCUCUCUUCUCAGAAAGCAGCCCCCUGGGCUUCGAGUCGACCGGUGAGGCGCGGGUGAGACUUGCGGCGCGAGAAAAGGGAGAACCAGUCCACUCUCGUAUGUGAAAGCAACAGCCGGAUGGCCACAGCUUUUCAAGUU